AUGGCUAACAAUAUGAAGGAAGCCGGAAGAACAAUAUAUGGCGAAAAGGUCAAAAGACAGGAAGCUCAUGAAAAAUUCUGGUCAAAGAGCACAUCAAUUAUUAAGAGAUUCCCUGACGGGAAUUCGGUUGUUUAUGUCAACACUGUUACCCACCUUUUCUACGCGGACGACGCUCUUAUUUUAGGAGAGUGGUCUCGCGAGAAUCUUCAGAGCACCGCCCGGAUUCUUCGUGUUUUUUACUUAUGCUCGGGUCUCAGGAUUAACCUUCACAAGUCUAACUUGUAUGGAGUUGGUACCCAAGACAAUGAAGUUGAUAACAUGAUGGAGGUGUUGGGGUGUAGACGAGGUGCUUUUCCGUUUGUUUAUCUAGGGAUUAAAGUGGGAGCUAAAAUGUCUCGUAUAAAUAAUUGGAACACGGUGAUUGAUGUUGUUAAGGCUCGGCUUGUGUCAUGGAAAGCGAAAAAUUUAUCUAUAGGGGGUCGAUUGAUUCUUAUAAAAUCGGUUCUUGAAAACUUACCGAUUUAUUAUUUUUCUCUCUAUAAAUCCCCGGUUGCGGUUAUUGAUAGUAUCGAAGCUAUUAUGAGACGUUUUUUAUGGGCGGGUUCUAACGAAGAAAAAAAGAUACCUUGGGUGGCUUGGGAUGUGAUAACAAGACCGAAGGAUGAGGGUGGAUUAGGUGUGAAUAAAAUUCAAGAUAUUAACGACGCUCUUCUUCUUAAAUGGGCGUGGCGAUUCAAAAAAGAGAGUAAUUGUUUGUGGAAAAGGGUAGUGAUGGGCUGUCAUGGUUCAAGUCGGUUGUGGUCCAUGCUUCCAUGUUCUUUAUCGGCUAGUGGAUAG